AUGGAAUCAAUCCCGCAGUACCCCGCACAGGCUACAUCAGGAAACAUGGCAGAGGGAGGAGUCAGCCCAGUGAAAGCUAAGACUAGAGUGAAGGAGGAAUUCCCCACAGAUGAUUCUUCAUCGGUCAAACAUGGACAUCAUUUCAGAGUGCAAUUCAGAUCAGCUAAAGAAAUAUAUCGCAUCCACUGUAAAAGACCACAACCAUUGCUGGAGGCCAUAAAAUCACAACUAGAAAAUGAAUUCAUAGAAAAAGUAAAGGUUACCGAAGAGAAAAUUAUCAUUAGGUUGGGUGAGGGUGCGGAGGCGUCUCUUCUUCCGACACAUUUUCCUUGUUCUUGUAUUGAUAAAGACCAGUUAUUGAUCAUAAGUACAUCAACCAAAGCUGUUGAAUGCUCAAAUGUGAGAACAGACGUUGAAGAAAGAAAUCAAUACUGUGUCUUCAAAGUUGAAAAUGUGGGAGCAGAUAACACCAAGUCCAAAAUCAAGAGGAUUUUCAGAUGCACAAAUAUCCCUGUAAAGUUCAGGUCUUUUCGUGUUUAUGCAAAAGAGGGCAUGACUGUGCUGGAGGCUAUGAAACAAGAUGGUCGCUUUGUAGAUGAUCUGAACGACUUCAGUUUGCAGGACAACGAAGAUAACACCUUAAUCAAGUGUACAGCACCAAUCAGUAAAGAAAUGGACAAUCGGUGUUUCAGGGUACGUCUUCCAAAGGAUAAGCAAUCAAAGCCUGCUAAAAAAGAGGUUAGCCAUGUUAAUCCGGAACAGCAGAAAAGCCGAAGGGCAUCAAAUGACUCACAAAGCAAUGAAGAAACACAGUCAGUCAUGGAGCUAGCACAGGAUGAGGGCAUUAGUCUGAGAGCUGCUAUGGAAAAGACUGGUGUGAGUGAUAAGCAGGUAAACAUCCAGGAGAUAGAAGAAAUCCUACGCAAGCAGUUUAAAGGCCUCAAAGAAUUGAUGCAGAAAAGGUUCCCUGGUCAGUCCCUUACAGAAGCGCUGAGAGUGAGCAAGGAAGGCUUCGGAAAGAUCCAGAACUCCUUUAGUGACUUUGAAACACUCGAGGAAUUGUUGAACCUCGGCAAGUCGGUUUGUCUAUUGAAGAUAGAGGAAAGGAAUUCCUCUUUUACAAUGCAGGGCACAGGCUUUGUGCUGUUUGAAAACUUUGUCUUGACAAAUGCACACUUAUUCCGACCGUUUUUUAAGCAGAGCAAUGAUUGGUUGGAUUUCAUUAAAAUCACUGCUGAGUUCAACUAUGAAAAAACUUCGAAGAACGAAGUUGAGGCUAAAGUGUUCCACCAGGGGACGCCAGCUGUAACACAGAUUGGUGAUUAUACACUAGAUUUUGUUGUGCUAAAGCUCAUCACUGAAACCCGAAUGAGUGAAACACAACAGCAAACCGAACCCUUUAGCAUACCACCAGGGCUCCUGAGGAAAUUUGGGCACCUCCCUGAGGAUGGUGGGGCCUGUAUUAUUGGUCAUCCAGCAGGAGGAGUGAAAAAAAUUGAUCUCACCAGUAUUAUAAGAAAGGAGCAGAGGGAGCAGGCUGUCGAGCAGAACCUACAGGAUUAUGAAAGUUAUCUUUUUACAGUCUACUCAAUCAAACAAGUUAUUGAAAAGGACCCAUUGGCAAACAUUCACGUGACCUAUAAUUCCUUCAUGUAUCACGGCUCCUCAGGCUCACCUGUGUUUGAUGCCCACGGCCGAGUUUUUGGUUUGCACUCUGGUGGCUUUUCCUUCGGCUUUCCUUAUGAGGACCACAGUGUGUUGGAGUACGCCUUUCCUCUGCUCGCUAUAUUCGAAAAGUUAGUGAGCUUGCUUAAGGAUGCUGGAAAUACAGAGUUGUUGAACAGAGUUAAUGAAGAAGUUAAAGAAAACGUCUACCUAAAAUCCAUCAUGUCAAAAGUGCUGAAUGAAGAUGAAGCCCCAGGAGAGACGGCAAGGGACAGCCCACUGGGUUUGGAGGAACAGAUGUAAACAGACUCGGUUCCUCCUCCUCAAAUGUCCGGUACAUAAUAUUCCAAAUUUCUUAGUGAGAUAAACAUCAUUCAACCAUGGAGAGACACUUUUUGAGUCGGGGAAACAAGGAAAUGUUGUUUUGGGAAACUUUAUAUGCUGAGUGAAUGAGAAUUUUACAUAGUUUGUAUAAAAAAUUCUAUCUACAGACCUGAAAAGCUUGUUGGAUGUUAAACUUAAAAAUGAUAAAUGAUGCUGUUAGGAAUGUGCUAUCUAUGUAGCAACUAAACAUACCAAACAAAAGCAAUGACUGGAAAAACCUUGUUGGUGGAUAUUGUGACACUAUCGCUGAGAUACAGUUGGUA